CAAUGAAUAAAUGAAUUCUUGCUGCACUUUUGUAAUGGCAACAUUUACUCCAAGCUUCCCAUUUCUGCUUACUCCUUGUGAUUUUUCCAUUCAUUAAUACAUUUCCUGUCCUCAAUUUACACUCUUCUUCUACCGAUACUUCAACGCAACUCUCUCUCUCUCUCUCUCUCUCAACACCUUCCACUUCUCUCCCACCAUUAAGGUAAGUUUUUAAAAUAACCCCACCUCUCUCCUCUUGUUUCCUUAUAUAUAAUGGCCUGAGAUGUCCAAACCAACCACCACCAAGUUCAUGUUAAUGGUGCUAGAGGUGCGAGUCUCGAUUCAAGCCUAGCCACUCUCCAUUGAUCUCUUUCAUAAUACUACCAAUCUCUCUUCUACGCAAAUCGAAUUGGAAGAGCCCCCUCCUCUCCCCUCAGGCAGGUGAGAUAUACUACAAAAACAAAACGCCAAGGAUGAGUCGAAGAAAUGGUAGCCUCCCAAAGCUUGACCUCAAGCUCAACCUAUCACCACCUAGGGUGAACCCGAGAGCGGAGUCCCCAGGCCGGUUGGCAACAGUGUCACCAACAUCCCCUCCAAGCUCAUGUGUGUCGUCAGAGAUGAGCCAGGAUGACACUCUUAGAUAUUCUAGUAGCCCUGAAGCUACAUCAAUGGUGCUUGUGGGAUGCCCAAGGUGCCUCAUGUAUGUGAUGCUCUCUGAGAAUGACCCUAAAUGCCCCAAAUGCAAGAGUACAUGGCUGCUUGAUUUCCUCCAUGAUAACAACAACACCAGCACCACCACCAUGAAGUCAAGGAAGAGCUAGGGUAGUGCUAGCUCCCCUUUUAGCUAACUCUGCUACUGUUGAUUAGGCUUAUAUAAACUCUCUCCCUCCCCUCUUUCGAUGAUCUUCUUUUUAUCUAAGGUAGUGGUACUUGCGCUCCACUUUUUAGCUACUUGAUUACAUGUUACAAGAGCUAAGUAUGAAAAUCGAAAAAGCGGGGUGCCAAAAGCACUAAUUCUCUUUUGCUUCAAUCUCUUUUAAUCGUAGAUCAGAGUAUGGACCAUGUGGGCACAGAGUGGUAUCUCUGUUUCUUCUGUUUUAAGCAGAAGAGAAUGUAAACGAGUUAACAGCAGCUGCUGCCCAAAUUUUCCUAUCAAAUGCCUACAUUCUCUGAUGUCCU